CGAAAGAGAAUCCUUAUUUCUUAUGCCUGUUGAAUUUACAAACACAUACUCCGUAUGAGAAAAUUCAUCUCACUCUUCUCUCUCCCAAUCUCAUAAGCUCCCCCCCUCCCCCCACCCAUUGGCAGAGACGGUGAAACUGGUGAAAAAACAGGCGAUUUCUUCAUCUUUUUCAGGAUAAGCAGCAGGAAUAAAUCCCGCCCAAAUGUGUAGCAACCGCUGGUAGACACGAUCUAUAGGAUAAGAUAAAUCGGUACCCAAUCGAGAACGAGAAGAAGAAGAGAGAGAUAACACGGCGAGACAAAAAAGUAUGAUCCUAACUACGGAGUAUCUUCCACUCUUCCAGUGCUCUGCCUAAAAAAUACAAGCACGGAAGUAAGCCUGCAUUGUCGAGCCCGGCAUCGUCCAGACCCCGGUGGAUGAAGAACAAGACGGCGGAAAGCUCCAGCGAUGGCAGCGACCGGCUCCUAAGGUUUAGGACAUCGUCGGUGAUUCCGCGUAGCAGGCGUUUUAGAGUCAGUCCAUCACACAGAUGAUAAUUGAAGCGAAAUUCAUUACAAAUGCUAUCUCAAAGGAGGAGUUGCAGGUCCAAAAUUAGUUCCCAGGACGGUUUUGACUAUUCUUUUGUAGGGUGGAAAAGAGUUCAAUCAAGCCCAAAAGAUCAUCUUUGGGCUAAAGCAAAGAAAUUGGCAAUGCUUAUUGGGAAGUGACAACUAUCGUUACAAUGGGAGACCCAAUUGUUGCAGCAGUUGAGGAGGUUGGGCUUGCAGGAAUGAUAAGCCAUAUCUCUACUAGAGAGGUGGUGCUAACAUAAAGCUACUUGAGGAGGAAAAUGCUUCUAGGUGUUCUUGCACUUGAUAUUUGAGAACAUUUGAUUUUGUUCCUUCCUUCCAUUGAGUGACCGAACUCUGGUAUGUGAAGGAGCAACAUCUGCUCGCACUUGCACUUGAUGGGGAGUAUGAAGAUUCACAGUUUUCAACUUGGGUGUUCAAAAGCCUGAUGCUGUUGGAAAUUUCAUUCAGAUAUGCAUCAUCAGUAUAUGAGACUAUUCAGGACAACAUAGAUCAAAAGAAAAAUGGAAAAGGAGAGACUUCAAGAUAGAGAAAAACACAGGUUAAGGAAAAUCUGAGAUAUAGAUGUUAAAUCCAUCCAUCCCAUGUACCACUGCAUCUCAAGUACUCCACCCACUGAUUCAUAAACUCGUGUUUAUCUAUGGGGAUGAGAAGCUACCUACUCAAGUUAUAGAGGCAGAAUUAGAGAGGUGUUUGCUCAACCACAAGUCCAUAAAAACAGAAUCAAGCAAAAAAACAGGAUGUUCAAUUUUGGUAAAAGACUAUGAAAAUGUGAAGCUGCGGAGGCCAAAAGCCCAAGAUGUUUGUUUUGAAAAAUGGAAAAGGCAUGCCAAUGGAGCUACGUAGCUGCGAAUUGAAGAUCCAUCCAUCUUGAGAGAGUUGCUUUCACAACAGAUCCAAAACACGUUUUCGUUGGAUCUGUACAAUGAAAUCAAGAACUAUACGCAACAAGUCAGGAU